UAUCCGGGUUGUGACUCUCAUUGAUGUCGCCCUCCUCGAUUUCGACCUUUUCAAAAACACUUCCUAAAACGCGUCUCUGCUGCAUGGGCAUCAACCAUCAUCAACCGUCAUCGGCUACGAGCGCACGCACACUCUUACAUCCACGAAUAAACGUCAAGUGUGGAAAAUCCAAAACUGAAGGAGGUCCUGGUUGGAAAAUUGCCUCAGAAAAUCGUCGUCUGCCAGCAAUAUUAUGGCUAAAUCUAGCUCCAAUCGCAGUACUUUUCGGUUUAGUAGCUGCUAAAAGUGAUCUGAAAAUUGAAACGCAUCGGAUACUGGUCCAGUUCGUGAGAGAAACAUAAGUGCACGGCAGCAAGAAGCAGUCUGCUUUCCGAGGAGAAAAAUCAUCCAUCGGUUACCACCCACUUCGCCACCCACCCACCGACCCAAGACACAACACAAGGAUGCGUCCCAAGAAAAGCCCAUCUCUGAAAAUGUCCUAGCCGUGUUGUCUGGUGCACCACCGUUCACAUGCUAGAGAAGCGCCGAUAAAAAUUGCGAUUGCUGAUUUCUGCCGAAACUGAAACACUCGUCGGACCAUGCCGGAACACCUGGAGCUGCAACAGCUGGUGGGUGGUGUUCUGCAGGGUGGCGUCCGGCAUCGGUCGCUAAGUUGGCUGCAGUGCUCCUGUCCCUACCUGGGCAUCAUACUGGCUACCAUUUCGUCGCUUUUCUUCUCACUUUGUUCGGUGAUUGUGAAGGGCCUGGUGGACAUCAACCCGAUCGAACUGGCCACAUUCAGGUUCAUCGGCGUCCUGCUGCCAUCGAUCCCCAUCGCCAUCUACAAGGAGCAGAGCUUCUUUCCGCGAGGCAAACGAAUCAUUCUGGUGCUGCGAUGUUUCGUCGGAACGACGGGCCUGAUGCUGAGCUUCUACGCCUUUCGCCAUAUGCCGCUGGCAGACGCUUCGGUAAUUAUAUUUUCCACACCGGUAUUCGUAGCGAUAUUCGCACGGUUGUUCCUCCGGGAGCAGUGCGGAAUGUUCAAUGUGAUAACGAUCCUGCUGACGCUGGUGGGGGUAGUGCUGAUCACCCGGCCGCCGUUCUUCUUCCACGAAGAUUCGACCAGCUUGGUGGACGAACAGGUCAUCGAGGCUAACUAUGAUGUGUGGGGUCCGGUGGCGGCGCUGUCGUCCACUCUGUUUGGGGCCAAUGCUUACGUACUGUUGCGUGCCCUCAAGGGACUGCACUUUUCCGUGAUAAUGACCAACUUUGGGGCGUUCGCAUUGAUUUACACGUUGAUUGUUUGCUACUAUCUGGGCGCACUGUGCUGGCCCCUGUGUGGAUCGGACCGGUUGCUGGUAAUAGCCCUGGCACUGUUCAGCUUCGGGGGUCAGAUUCUGCUUACGCUGGCGUUGCAAUUCGAACAGGCUGGCCCUGUGGCGAUUGCACGGUCAGCGGACAUUGUGUUUGCCUUCAUCUGGCAGAUCAUGUUCUUCAAGGAGACGCCCAACGUUUACUCGGUGCUGGGAGCAUUGUUGGUGGUGAGUUCGGUCGUUUUAUCUGGACUCCGGAAGUGGGCCCUGGCGUUACCGAGGGAUUCGGACUUGAGGAAAAGGUUAAAAUUUCUGGUCAUAGAGUAGGAAUGUUUUUGAGCAUAAUAGGGCAAUCCAUGGGAUAGCCUUGUUAAGUUCAAAGCACCACUGACUGUUGCAAGCCCCAUACUAGCCUCUAAUGUUUAACACUAAUACUAACUCACACAAGUACACAUACACGGAAAUCAAACAAUAGAACGCUACCAAAUCGGAUAGGAAUGCAAACAGCUACACUGAAGGCAAAAGAAACUUACUUCUAAAACACGAGAUAUAUGAUAUUAUCAUAUUCAUUUUUAAAAUGCCUGAAGGAGUCCAGUCGGGAAUAGGUAGUAUAAAAUGGAUUCCAUCGAGGUAAUGGGAGUCCUUUGAAAAAGGAAUUGUGAUUGUUUUGCGUAGACGCCGGGAAGAUGUAAGUCGUCAUGCUGCAUAAAGUUAAUGAAUAUUUAACAAAACGUUAGGAGAAUGGCUGAAUGAACCUUAGUAAGAGUAAUUAUUUGACAUCACUUAACACGAGUGUGCAAUGCAAAUCGUAAAAUUAUGAUUUCGUGCAGCGGUUCUCACAGCAUUUCUUGAUGUUGGAUUUCAUAUAAUUCUUUCAAAAUGUCCUUGUAAGCAUUUCGUAGAGCUCCCUCAGAAAGCCUAGCAUAAUAUUUUACGAGUACUUAAUGAGCAGAUUAUUGCGGGAUACAUGCGACUAUUUCAGCAUGAGUGUUGGCGGUAGCAGCUCCUCCUCUCUGGAGCCACCAAAUGUUGGCGUCAGCACAAUCUUCCAAUUGGCAGCACGAUUGGUGCGGUGUUCCUCUUGCGGUGGGACUAGACCAAAUACUUACAAAUAAAUACGCGAUGAUGAAUCGACGAUGAUCAGGAUGACAAAACCCACAAUCGUUUCACGGUACCGUUGCGAAGGGAUACGGUAUUACAUUCUGUGUGUGCCAACCAACAGACAAGACGGAACGCGUUACUUUUGAACACCGAUACUACACUCAGGGUAGGAGGUUGAAGUAGGAGAAUAGUUGAAAUCGAACGUCCAAAUCGUGUGUGAUAGUAUUUAGGCCUUUCUAGACUCAUGCCAACGUUCUCGCAUUCGGAACCUUAGCUUACCAGAGUGAGAAAAGGUCGAUAGAUUCAAUGACUGGAGACUCGUUUAAAAUCGUGUGUAGUAGCACUUACGCCUUUCUAGACUCAAAAUUCUCCUCCAAAAGGGACUGGCCACCCGAAGAGAAUUACCAGAGUGAGAAAGUUUGAUCUAAGUAUCUACACUUUUGAAGGAUUGAAUUAUCCAAUCAAAAGAUCAGAAUAAUUUAGUCUUCGAAGUGCAAGUUCAGGAUCAAAGGAAUUUGAGUAGCAAAACACCUAUCCGGGAGGUAUCUAGUGUGGAGUCCAAAAACAAAACUGACUGUCGUAUUUAUUGAUCUUCCCUUUUAUAACCGGAGGGCCUACCAAAAAUUACACAUGAUCUUUCCUGGAAGGGUGAUGAAAUAGUGGCUCUCGUUACGAUCUACGCAUUUACACUUUGGUACGUGUAUAAACGUGAAUAUAUAAGCGGCCAGAAUGUUCUUUUCCGAGGAGAGAAUUGACUCGAACUUUCCUGAAUUUGAACAAUCUCUCUAGCUACAUGAUUCGAUUGAGUUUGAACAGAAUAUCGACUAUAAUUCAUAUUUUGCACGCCCCGAUGACCGGCUGACCUAAUUUUCAAGAUCAACUUCAAUGAUGGAUUUAAUUACAAAACGUUUUUUACAAAACUUAGGUAAAAUUACUGAAAGAUCUGAAAAAGGUCCUGUUGAAAUUUCCAGACGAAUUCUUGGUGAACUUCUUCUUAACAAAAUACUGUACCUCAUAAUUAAAGAUUUUGCCCGAUUUUUGAAGAACAUAUCAGGAGGAGCGGUUCGCAACAGGGGGUGCUGAUCGACGUCCAAGUGCUAGGGAAGGACGAAGGACUCGAAGCUCAACUGUGCACCCUCGUCUUCCGGAAUGUUAGAUGUUUGGUGUCAGGGUGUCAGGAAAGCAGCAAAAAGAAAACAAGACCAGAAUACCAACUAGAUCAAACGGCAACGACCCACGCGACGGAAAGGACAUGUGAUUGGAAACUCGGUAUGUGGAACGGCAGAUAUCUCAAUUUCAUAGGGAGCACCCGCAUACUCGCCGAUGUGCUGAAGGACAGCGGAUUCGGUUUUGCAAAUCUCGAUUUUCUGAAGCUUCGGCUAAGCGCGUGACGUUUAAUGUUUGAUUCUAGAGGUACAUCUACCAGAUCUGCGGUAAUACACGCGAACUGAGAACAACUUUCAUCGUCAUGGUCAAAAUGCAGAAGUACGUUAUUGGUUGGUGGACGAUCGGCGAAAGAAUGCGCAGGUUGAGGAUCAAGGUCUGAUUCUUCAACUUCAGCACAAUCAACGUGCACAGCCCACACUACAAUGCAUAUUAUGCGCAGCUCAACCGCAGCCCAAUCCACGACGUCAAGAUCAUCAGACCGACGAUUGGAAAGUUCAGCGCCUAUCAGCUGACAAACAUGGCCAGUGGAAUUGCGUCAACACCGUGAUUAACAUAUGGUACCGACGGCCGCCUCGGUAUAAUCUGCAGCGACUGAAACUACCGAAUGUCGCCAUCGUAGAAUCUCGAGCAAGCAUUGCCGGACGAGGGCGAGCUCAAUGAAGCAAAGAGCAAUGAGAGUAUAUUAAAGGUGGGGAAGAAGAAGAGAUGGCUAUGUAUUAGUAAGGAAAGAAAAAUGUAAACACAAAUAGUAACGUCACUAUUUCGACACUGAUUUUUCAUUUGGGCCUAACUGACAUUUUCGAGUUCUCUUCGUCGAUCCUCUCUUUGUGUUAUCACAGAAUGUGUAAUUGAGUUUUCCAAAGAUUUUUUGGUUGAAACGCUAAGAAGACGACUACAUGUUGCUAUAGAAACAAAAAGAAUAAUUAUUUUGUUUGGUUUGAUCAAGUUAUUAGCGAAAGAGAGAGUCGACGAAGAGAAAUCGAUCAAGUCAGUUAGACCCUUAUGAAAAAUCAUUGUCGAUUUGAUACGUGUUCUUAUUGAGUUGUCUGAAAAAAGUCACGAAACCUAAUGCAAUCCUAUUCAUACAGGGUGACUGGUAAUUCGUGUUACACCCGAAAGGAGGUGAAAGUAGACCAUAUUUGCAGCAAAAAAUUGUUCUACAGGUAGGUCCGGAAAUCACUGCUAAGUGAGUUAUUCAAAAAUUAGUGUUAUUAAAUUACCCCAUCUUUAAACAUCUCUAACUCAGAAACUAUGAACCGUAUAAUCAAUCUUAGCGCAUGGAUAGAAAGCUUAAAGCUUUGUCUUUUAACGCUCUUUGGACAGGUAAUUGAUAAAAAGUCGUUUAAGUGCAGAAAUUUUGACUUUUAUGUAAAAAGUGCCUAAAAAUGUACCCCCUUUUCACCUUUUUUGAUAGUUUACUCGUGAAAAACGUAAUAAAUGUGAGAAAUGUUCUUCUACAAAACAUUCAUUUUUUGAUACGCUACCAAACUGUCCUUUGGUGCAACAUUGUAUCUUUCAUAGUUUUGUCACAAUCUUGAAUUCAAAAUUUUGUGAAAUAAAUCAAUGUUUUUAUUGCAAUACUGUCUGGCAACCCUACACGUUUGCUUGCUGUUGGUCGUCGUGCGCAUGGCAACGAAGUCCAGCGUCUCGGCGGCGGUCAUCGUUUGACAGAGCCAACAGUGAUCGGCAAAUUGCGCGCAAUGUUUAUGAAUCAAUCUCAAGGCAUCCUUUUCUUUGGGUGAAGAUUCAAUUCGCCUAGAUGCAAUUCACCCAAACCCACUCACUGGUGGAAUUUAGCGAGAUCAUACCGCUGGGUGGCACCGUUUUAAGGGAUAUUCAAACCUACGGGCCGAGACUGGGUCCGGGCCGGGGCCGCGGCCGAGACUCGAUAGGGCUUUUGUCGCUUCGUUCUCACUGCACACAAUGCUCACCGGGCUAUAGCGCCUGCGCACCAGCAAUUUAUGUUGCGCGAACGCACGCACAGUAUGAAGCGGUUGUCAUUUAUUUUUGUUUUUUUUUUCUGCGCACUUUCUCCAGUGUGUUUGAUGUACAUUCAUCCAGAACUUUCUUUUGUAAUUUCUACAGGAAUCUGGGAUUCCUCCAGCUUUUUUUAUGAUUUCCCUUGGAGUGCUUUUUGGGGCUCUCCCGUAGUUCUUUCUGGAAAACCUCUAAUGAGAUUCUUCUAGGAGUCCUUCCUGGUAAUUCUCCAGCUACUCCGUCUGGGUUUUUGUCCUUAAGUUCUACUAAAAUUUCUUCUGGGUUACUUUCAAGAACUGGUUUAGAAUUUUUCUCCAGAAAUUCCGCCAGGAGUAGCUUCCCACAGUUUAUUUAUUUUCAGUUCAACGGGAAGCCCUCCUGAAGUUCCUGAGAGUGAGUACAGGGCACCCCCAAAAAAUACCAAGGGAAUUUCUUUAGAAUUAGCCCAAGAAUUCCACCAGCAUUUGUCGUAGAAUCAUCCUAGGAUUUUACUGGGAAUUUCUCCAUUAUAACUCUGGAAAUUAAUGCAGGAGUUCUCCAGCAAUAAUGCAGGCUUCUCUUCAGGAUUUUUCCCGAAAAUUAUUGAAGGACUCAAGGGAUUCCCCCAGAAAUUCCUGCAUUAAUACCACCAGGACUUCCUCAAGGGAUUGCUCCAAAAAAUCCUCCACGAUGCCAACUAAAAAUUCUUCCAGUAGUUCUUUCAGGAAUAACUCCAGAAAUUCAUCUCGAAAUUCCUACAGGAAUUUCUCUUCAGGAAUUGUGGAAGGGAUUUCACAAGACAAUUUUUUCAAUAAAUUGCUCCAAGACUUUCUUUAAAAAUUCCUGCAAGGAUUUAUCUAGGAAUUCCUCUGACGAUUCCUCUAGAUUUUUUUCCACGGUGUCCCCCAAGAAUUCUUCCAGCUAUUCCUCCAUGAGUUCCUGCAGGAAUUCAUCCCGAAAUUCUACCAGGAAAUCCUGCAGGGAUUCCUUCAGGAAUCCCACCAUAAAUUCCUCCUGUAAUUGCUGCAGGAGAUUCUCUAGAGGUUUCUCCAAGGAUUCCUCUAGAAUUCCUUCCAGAAUUUCUCCCAGGAAAUCAUCAAGAAAUUCCUCUAGAAAUUCCUUCAGUAAUUCCUACAGGAAUUCCUUCAGUAAUUCCUCACAGAAUUCGUCUAGGAAUUUCUACAGGGAUUUCUUCAAAAAUUUCUCCAGAAAGUACUCCAGGCAUUUCUCCAAGAAUUAUUUCAUGGAUUUCUCCAUAAAUUAUUCCAGGAAUUCCUCUAGAAAUUACUUCAGGUACUACUCCAGGAGUUCCUCCAAGAAUUCCACCGGAAAUUCCUCAAGGAAUACCUCCAGAAAUUCCAUCAGGUAUUUUUCCAGGAAGUCUUCUUGGAAAUACUCCAGGCAUAACUCCAAGAAUUUCUCAGUGAGUUACUCCAUGUAUUCCUACAUUCUUUAUUAUAGAGAUUUUCAGCCCUAGGCUGGUUCAUCUCUUUCGAAUUCCCCCAGUGAUUCCUUCAUAAAUUUCUCCAGUAAAUGCUUCAGAAAAUUCUUUAGAGAUUCCUUCAGAAUUCCUUCCUGUAUUUCCUCCAGGAAAUCAUCCAGAAAUUUCGCCAGUGAUUCCUUUAAUAAAUCUUCUAUGGAUUCCUCCAGAAGUUCGUACAGAAUAUCCUCCAGAAAUUCCUCCAGACAUUCCUCCAGACAUUCCUCCAGAAAACACUCCAGGAAUUCCUCUAAGAAUUUCGCCAGUGAUUUCUUUCGUCCAGAAAUUUUGCUAGUGAUUCCUUUAAUAAAUCUUCUAGGGAUACCCCCAGGAAUUCCUACAGAAUAUCCACCAGAAAUUCCUCCAGGCAUUCCUCCGGGAAUUCCUACAGAAAAUACUCCAGGAAUUACUUCAGGAAUUCAUCCAUGAACUUUUCCAGAAAUUCCUCCGAAAAUUCCUCGAAGAAUUUUUUCAGGAAUUUUUCCAUAAAGUCUUCCAGGAUAUACUCCAUGAAUUACUCCAAGAAUUGCUUCAGGAAUAACUCGAGGAAUUCCUCCAAAAAAUCAUCCAAGAAUUCCUUCAGGAGUUCUUCCAUAAAGUCGUCCAGGAAAUACUCCAUUAAUUACUCCAAGAACUGCUUCAGGAAUAACUCUAGGAAUUCCUCCACGAAUUGCUUCAGAAAUGACUUCAGGGAUUCCUACAGGAAUUCUUUCAGGAACUACUUCAGGCUGUCCUCAAAAAAAUCCUCCAGGAAUUCUAUAAGGAAAUACUUACGGGAUUCUUCCAAGAAUUACUCCAGGAAAGCCGUCAAGAAUUCCUCCCGGGAACAAUCCAAGAAUUCCCAUAAUUUCUCUUUGAAUUACUCCAAGAAUUCGUCGAAAAAUUAUUUCUGGAAUAGAAAUUCCUCCCAGAAUUCCUUUUAGAAAUACCUCAAGGAAAUGCUUCAAGAAUUUCUUCAGAAAAUCCUUAAAGAACUCCUCCAGAAGUGCAUCCAGCCAAUCUUUUAGGAAUUCCUUCCCGAUUUUUUUCAGGAACUUCUCCAGAUAUUGCUUAGGAAUAUCUCCAGGAACUCGUCUUGAAGAACUAUUCCAGAACGUACUCCAGGAUUUCCUCAAGAAAUGUCUCUAGAACUUCCUUCAAGAAUUCCUUCGGUUAACUUUCCAGGAAUUCCUCCCGGAAUUAUCUCAGGUACAGUAUUCCUUAACCCUUCAGCGCGCGCGCUGUUGUAAAAAGUACAACACUACAAAAAAAAACCUCGCUUUUCGUAUACAGCACUAGUGCGGCGAAGUUUCGGUUGCUUGAUGGCGCGCGUCCUGGAUGGUUAAAGAGUUACUACAGGGAUUCCAGGAAUAGCUCCAGAAACUCCGUUAGAAUUUACUCCAAGAAUUCCUCCAGGAAUCACUCCAGUAAUUCCUCAAGGUAGGAUGUCAUCCAGGAAUUUCUGUAGGAAUUCUUGGAAAAAAAUUUAAACGGAUUCUUGAUUGAAAUCUUGAAAGAAUUCUUGGGGGAGUUCCCGUAGCAGUUUCUGGAAUAAUUUCUGGAGGAUUUCCAAGGAGAAUUCUGGAGUGAUUUUUGGGGAAGAUCCUGUAGGAAUUUCUGGAGGAUUUCCUAAGAGAAAUCCUUGAAAAGUUUAUUUAGAAAUUCCUCCCAGACUUCCACCAAGAAUAGCUUCAAGAAUCCCUCUAUGAAUUUCUCCAAAAAUCCCUCGAACAGUCCUUCGUGGGAUUUUUGAAGAAAUUUAUUCAGGAAUUACUUUACAAACUCCCCCAGGAAUUCCUUCACAAAUUCCUCCAGUAAUUUCUUCAAAAAUUCCUCCAAGAAUUUCUCCAUGAAUUCUUGCAGGAAAUCCUCCAAAAAUAACUUGUGAGAUAGCUCCAGGGAUUCCUCCUAGAAUUCCUCCAGGUAUUCCUCCAGUAACUCUUUCAAAAACUCCUUCAAGGCUUACUACAGGUAUUUCUCUAGGGAUUCCUAAUGAAAUUUCUCCAGGGAAAUCCCCCAGGAAUUCUUCCAAGACUCCCUCCAGGUAUUUCUUCAAAAAUUCCUCCAGGGAUUAUUUUAAGACUUCCUCCAAGGAUUCCACCAGGGAUUCUUCCAGGGAGUAAUUCCUGAAAGAAACUCCAAAGGAAUUCCUGGGAUGAACUCUUAGAAAAAUUUCCGGAUGACAUCCUACCUAGAGGAAUUAUUGGAGUGAUUCCUGGAGGAAUUCUUGGAGUAAGAUCUAACGGAGUUUUCGAAGCUAUUCCUGAAAAGAAAAUAUGAAGCGCUUUCCAGAGGAAUCCCUGGAGUAGCUCUUUAAAGAAUUGCUGGAGCAAUUCCUAGACGAUUUAUUGAAGGAAUCACUGGCGAAACUUUUGGAGGAAUUCCUGGAGUGUUUUCUGGAGGAAUUCCUGGAUGUAUUUCUGGUGGAUAUUCUGUAGGAAUUCCUGGAGGAAUCCCUAGAAGAUUUAUUCAACAAAUCACUGGCGAAAUUCUUAGAGGAAUUGCUGAGGGAAUUCCUGGAGGAAUUUCUGGACCAUUUUCUGGAGGAAAUUUAGGAAGUAAUUCUGGAGGAAUCUCUGAAGAAUUUUCUGGAGCAUUUACUGGAGAAAUUUAUGAAGGAAUCACUGGAGGAAUUCCUGGGAAAAAAAUUUGGAGGACAUCUUGCAGUAGUUCCUGGAUAAACACCUGUAGGAAUCCUGUAGGAAUAUCUGGAGUAAUUCACGGAGAAACUCUUGGAGUUAUGCCUGCAGUAUUUCCAAGAAGAUUUCCUUGAAAAAUACCUGAUGGAAUCUCUGGAGGUAUUCCUUUAGGAAUUUCCGGAGAAAUUCCUGGAGGAACUCUUGGAGUAGUACCUGAAGUAAUUUCUGGAGGAAUUCCUGGAAUAAUUUAUGGAGAAAUUCAUGAAGUAAUUCUUGGAGAAAUGCAUGGAGUACUUUCUGGAGAUUUUUUUAAGAAAUCCCUGUAGAAAUUCCUAGAGGAAUUAUUGAAGGAAUUCCUGGAGGAAUUUCUUGAUGAUUUCCUGGGAGAAAUUCUGGAAGGAAUUCCAGAGGAAUCCUUGGAGGAAUCUCUAGAGAAUCUCCUGCUGCAAUUACUGGAGGAAUUUAUGGUGGAAUCCCAGGAGGAAUUCCUGAAUGAACCCUUGAAGGAAUUCCUGGAGGCAUCUCUGGAUGAUUCACGGGAGAAUUCCUUGAAGGAGUUCCUGAAGGAAUCCCAUGAGGAUUUUCUGGAGGAAUUGCUGGAGGAAUCCCUGCAGGAUUUCCUGGUAGAAUUUUGGGAUGAAUUCCUGCAGGAACUCAUGGAGAAAUAACUGGAAGUAAAUGCUCCAGAAAAUUCUUUAGAGAUUCCUCCAGAAUUCCUUUCUGAAUUUCCUCCAGGAAAUCGUCUAGAAAUUCCUCCAGGAAUUCCCCCAGCAAUUCCUCUAAGAAUUUCGCCAGUGAUUCGUUCAAUAAAUCGUCUAGGGAUUCCUCCAGCAAUUCUUUAAAGAGCUACUCCAGGGAUUCCUCUGGGAAGCGCUUCAAAUUUUUUUUUUCAGGAAUAGCUUCAGAAACUCCGUUAGAACUUACUCCAAGAAUUCCUCCAGGAAUCACUCCAAUAAUUCCUCUAGGUAGGAUGUCAUCCGGAAAUUUUUCUAAGAGUUCAUCCCAGGAAUUCCUUUGGAGUUUCUUUCAGGAAUUACUCCCUGGAAGAAUCCCUGGUGGAAUCCUUGGAGGAAGUCUUAAAAUAAUCCCUGGAGGAAUUUUUGAAGAAAUACCUGGAGGGAGUCUUGGAAGAAUUCCUGGGGGAUUUCCCUGGAGAAAUUUCAUUAGGAAUCCCUAGAGAAAUACCUGUAGUAAGCCUUGACGGAGUUUUUGAAAGAGUCACUGGAGGAAUACCUGGAGCUAUCUCACAAGUUAUUUUUGGAGGAUUUCCUGCAAGAAUUCAUGGAGAAAUUCUUGGAGGAAUUUUUGAAGAAAUUACUGGAGGAAUUUGUGAAGGAAUUCCUGGGGGAGUUUGUAAAGUAAUUCCUGAAUAAAUUUCUUCAAAAAUCCCACGAAGGACUGUUCGAGGGAUUUUUGGAGAAAUUCAUAGAGGGAUUCUUGAAGCUAUUCUUGGUGGAAGUCUGGGAGGAAUUUCUAAAUAAACUUUUCAAGGAUUUCUCUUAGGAAAUCCUCCAGAAAUUCCUACAGGAUCUUCCCCAAAAAUCACUCCAGAAUUCUCCUUGGAAAUCCUCCAGAAAUUAUUCCAGAAACUGCUACGGGAACUCCCCCAAGAAUUCUUUCAAGAUUUCAAUCAAGAAUCCAUUUAAAUUUUUUUCCAAGAAUUCCUACAGAAAUUCCUGGAUGACAUCCUACCUUGAGGAAUUACUGGAGUGAUUCCUGGAGGAAUUCUUGGAGUAAAUUCUAACGGAGUUUCUGGAGCUAUUCCUGGAAUCCCUGUAGUAACUCUUUAACCAUCCAGGACGCGCGCCAUCAAGCAACCGAAACUUCGCCGCACUAGUGCUGUAUACGAAAAGCGAGGUUUUUUUUUGUAGUGUUGUACUUUUUACAACAGCGCGCGCGCUGAAGGGUUAAGGAAUACUGUACCUGAGAUAAUUCCGGGAGGAAUUCCUGGAAAGUUAACCGAAGGAAUUCUUGAAGGAAGUUCUAGAGACAUUUCUUGAGGAAAUCCUGGAGUACGUUCUGGAAUAGUUCUUCAAGACGAGUUCCUGGAGAUAUUCCUAAGCAAUAUCUGGAGAAGUUCCUGAAAAAAAUCGGGAAGGAAUUCCUAAAAGAUUGGCUGGAUGCACUUCUGGAGGAGUUCUUUAAGGAUUUUCUGAAGAAAUUCUUGAAGCAUUUCCUUGAGGUAUUUCUAAAAGGAAUUCUGGGAGGAAUUUCUAUUCCAGAAAUAAUUUUUUGACGAAUUCCUGGAGUAAUUCAAAGAGAAAUUAUGGGAAUUCUUGGAUUGUUCCCGGGAGGAAUUCUUGACGGCUUUCCUGGAGUAAUUCUUGGAAGAAUCCCGUAAGUAUUUCCUUAUAGAAUUCCUGGAGGAUUUUUUUGAGGACAGCCUGAAGUAGUUCCUGAAAGAAUUCCUGUAGGAAUCCCUGAAGUCAUUUCUGAAGCAAUUCGUGGAGGAAUUCCUAGAGUUAUUCCUGAAGCAGUUCUUGGAGUAAUUAAUGGAGUAUUUCCUGGAAGACUUUAUGGAAGAACUCCUGAAGGAAUUCUUGGAUGAUUUUUUGGAGGAAUUCCUCGAGUUAUUCCUGAAGCAAUUCUUGGAGUAAUUCAUGGAGUAUAUCCUGGAAGACUUUAUGGAAAAAUUCCUGAAAAAAUUCUUCGAGGAAUUUUCGGAGGAAUUCCUGGAGGAAUUUCUGGAAAAGUUCAUGGAUGAAUUCCUGAAGUAAUUCCUGGAGUAUUUUCUGUAGGAAUUCCCGGAGGAAUGCCUGGAGGAAUUUCUGGUGGAUAUUCUGUAGGAAUUCCUGGGGGUAUCCCUAGAAGAUUUAUUAAAGGAAUCACUAGCAAAAUUUCUGGACGAAAGAAAUCACUGGCGAAAUUCUUAGAGGAAUUCCUGGAGUGUUUUCUGGAGGAAUGUCUGGAGGAAUGUCUGGAGGAAUUUCUGGAGGAUAUUCUGUACGAACUUCUGGAGGAAUCCAUAGAAGAUUUAUUAAAGGAAUCACUGGCGAAAUUUCUGGACGAUUUCCUGGAGGAAAUACAGGAAGGAAUUCUGAAGGAAUCUCUAAAGAAUUUUCUGAAGCAUUUACUGGAGAAAUUUAUGAAGGAAUCACUGGGGGAAUUCGAAAGAGAUGAACCAGCCUAGGGCUGAAAAUCUCUAUAAUAAAGAAUGUAGGAAUACAUGGAGUAACUCACUGAGAAAUUCUUGGAGUUAUGCCUGGAGUAUUUCCAAGAAGACUUCCUGGAAAAAUACCUGAUGGAAUUUCUGGAGGUAUUCCUUGAGGAAUUUCCGGUGGAAUUCUUGGAGGAACUCCUGGAGUAGUACCUGAAGUAAUUUCUAGAGGAAUUCCUGGAAUAAUUUAUGGAGAAAUCCAUGAAAUAAUUCUUGGAGAAAUGCCUGGAGUACUUUCUGGAGAAAUUUUUGAAGAAAUCCCUGUAGAAAUUCCUAGACGAAUUCUGUGAGGAAUUACUGAAGGAAUUCCUGUAGGAAUUACUGAAGGAAUUUCUAGAGGAAUUUCUUGAUGAUUUCCUGGGAUGAAUUUCUUGAUGAUUUCCUGGGAGAAAUUCUGGAAGGAAUUCUAGAGGAAUCCUUGGAGAAACCUCUAGAGAAUCUCCUGCAGCAAUUACAGGAGGAAUUUAUGGUGGGAUUCCUGAAGGAAUCCCUGCAGGAUUUCCUGGUAGAAUUUCGGGAUGAAUUCCUGCAGGAACUCAUGGAGGAAUAGCUGGAAGAAUUCUUGGGGGACACCGUGGAAAAAAAUCUAGAGGAAUCGUCAGAGGAAUUCCUAGAUAAAUCCUUGCAGGAAUUUUUAAAGAAAGUCUUGGAGCAAUUUAUUGAAAAAAUUGUCUUGUGAAAUCCCUUCCACAAUUCCUGAAGAGAAAUUCCUGUAGGAAUUUCGAGAUGAAUUUCUGGAGUUAUUCCUGAAAGAACUACUGGAAGAAUUUUUAGUUGGCAUCGUGGAGGAUUUUUUGGAGGAAUCCCUUGAGGAAGUCCUGGUGGUAUUAAUGCAGGAAUUUCUGGGGGAAUCCCUUGAGUCCUUCAAUAAUUUUCGGGAAAAAUCCUGAAGAGAAGCCUGCAUUAUUGCUGGAGAACUCCUGCAUUAAUUUCCAGAGUUAUAAUGGAGAAAUUCCCAGUAAAAUCCUAGGAUGAUUCUACGACAAAUGCUGGUGGAAUUCUUGGGCUAAUUCUAAAGAAAUUCCCUUGGUAUUUUUUGGGGGUGCCCUGUACUCACUCUCAGGAACUUCAGGAGGGCUUCCCGUUGAACUGAAAAUAAAUAAACUGUGGGAAGCUACUCCUGGCGGAAUUUCUGGAGAAAAAUUCUAAACCAGUUCUUGAAAGUAACCCAGAAGAAAUUUUAGUAGAACUUAAGGACAAAAACCCAGACGGAGUAGCUGGAGAAUUACCAGGAAGGACUCCUAGAAGAAUCUCAUUAGAGGUUUUCCAGAAAGAACUACGGGAGAGCCCCAAAAAGCACUCCAAGGGAAAUCAUAAAAAAAGCUGGAGGAAUCCCAGAUUCCUGUAGAAAUUACAAAAGAAAGUUCUGGAUGAAUGUACAUCAAACACACUGGAGAAAGUGCGCAGAAAAAAAAAACAAAAAUAAAUGACAACCGCUUCAUACUGUGCGUGCGUUCGCGCAACAUAAAUUGCUGGUGCGCAGGCGCUAUAGCCCGGUGAGCAUUGUGUGCAGUGAGAACGAAGCGACAAAAGCCCUAUCGAGUCUCGGCCGCGGCCCCGGCCCGGACCCAGUCUCGGCCCGUAGGUUUGAAUAUCCCUUAAAACGGUGCCACCCAGCGGUAUGAUCUCGCUAAAUUCCACCAGUGAGUGGGUUUGGGUGAAUUGCAUCUAGGCGAAUUGAAUCUUCACCCAAAGAAAAGGAUGCCUUGAGAUUGAUUCAUAAACAUUGCGCGCAAUUUGCCGAUCACUGUUGGCUCUGUCAAACGAUGACCGCCGCCGAGACGCUGGACUUCGUUGCCAUGCGCACGACGACCAACAGCAAGCAAACGUGUAGGGUUGCCAGACAGUAUUGCAAUAAAAACAUUGAUUUAUUUCACAAAAUUUUGAAUUCAAGAUUGUGACAAAACUAUGAAAGAUACAAUGUUGCACCAAAGGACAGUUUGGUAGCGUAUCAAAAAAUGAAUGUUUUGUAGAAGAACAUUUCUCACAUUUAUUACGUUUUUCACGAGUAAACUAUCAAAAAAGGUGAAAAGGGGGUACAUUUUUAGGCACUUUUUACAUAAAAGUCAAAAUUUCUGCACUUAAACGACUUUUUAUCAAUUACCUGUCCAAAGAGCGUUAAAAGACAAAGCUUUAAGCUUUCUAUCCAUGCGCUAAGAUUGAUUAUACGGUUCAUAGUUUCUGAGUUAGAGAUGUUUAAAGAUGGGGUAAUUUAAUAACACUAAUUUUUGAAUAACUCACUUAGCAGUGAUUUCCGGACCUACCUGUAGAACAAUUUUUUGCUGCAAAUAUGGUCUACUUUCACCUCCUUUCGGGUGUAACACGAAUUACCAGUCACCCUGUAUACGGGGGAACAAAAGUUGUUUACAAAGUUCUUACAAAUUCUUAACACGGGAAACUGGAACUCAAACCACUACCACACAGGCAAUUGGAUUGGUCAAUGGGAGCUCGUCUUGCUUGUAGUAGUGACAUGUUUUGCACCAGACGCGGACCUCACGCACACAAAGUAUCUUCUUCCCCAUUUUUAUUAGGCUCUCAUUGCGAUAAGAUCAACCAUCAAUAACGCAGCUGAGACCCCAAGUAUAGAUGACAGUUCUAAGGUAUGCUAGACCGCCAUUUUUUCCACCCAUAUAACAAAAAUAGUUAUGAAAUUCCAUUUGAGCUCUGUGCAAAACUAUUUUCUACUACUGAUGCAAAGGAGGAUCUAGCAUAUACCUAAGAGAACUGUCAUCUAUACUUGGGCUGAGACCAACGUUGGGUAUGUGGAACGGAGCAGAAGGAACGAUUCGCGACUACGAAGGUAAAAGAGAUUCCAACUCUUUGUCGCUCUAAUGAAAAACCUCGUAAGGAACUGUCAGAAUGUGCGUGAAAAAAAAAGCAAAAAAUAUUUCCCUCUCGUUUUUUCUCACGUAAACCUUCACGCACAUUCGAUAACUUCGUAGUCGCGAAUAGGGCACUGCAUUGUUUUGGUUUUGUAUGGGAUUUUGACGUUUCUUGGCCUUGUUGUUUACAAAAUUUCUGUGGGAGUGAAAGAGAAGGAGAGAUUUUCAUGCAGUGCCCUAUUGGUUUGACGAUGAGUGAAGAGAGAUUUUGAAAGAGAUGGACGCAGCGAGGGCGGUCAUGCUGCACGGGGCUUGGAACAAUAUAAAAGAACGCGGAAACAGCAGACCCGCCUCUUCUGGGAGAAGAAGUGUCGCAUGGAAGAAGCGGGGUGUUAACAAAUAGAACUACCGAGUCGUUCACAAGAAACACCGAAGUUCUACCAGAAGCUCAACGCAUCCCGUAAUGGUUUCGUGCAGCGAGCCGAAAUGUGCAGGAUUAUGUGCUCCAGAAGAUAACAAACCACGUAUAAAACGCUGAUAAGACCGGUGGUUCUUUACGGACACAAGUCCUGACUAGUGACUAUGCACGAGGAGCACAUGCAACAUGAUGCAAGCACUCGAAGUGUUAGAGCGUCAGGUGCUUAGGGCCAUCCUUGGUGGUAUGUAGAAGAACAGUGAGUAACGGCGAAGGAUGAACCACGAGCUUGUUGCACUCUACGGCGAACCUAGCAUCCGGAUUGCCGCAAAAGCUGGAAGGAUUUUGUCUUUUUGUCCCACGCCGACGCCGAUUUAUUUUUAUUAUCUUUAUUAACGAGAUUUUCAGCCCAGGGCUGGUUCAUCUCGGCCGACGCCGAUUGAUGUAUCGGCGGCGCGCCAUACGCCGCUGUUUGUCACGCCGCCGAUUUUCAUUCUUCACGCCGGUGAUCAGCGCACGAACAAAAUUAGGUUUACAUAAAGUUGAGAUAAAAAAAAUCUCACGAUCCCUUUCAUAACAGUUUGACUACAGUAAUUGAUUUCUCAACUUAUAGAACUGUUUUUUUUUUCAUUAGAUAUUAUUAAUUAUUCAUCAUUUACAUCUCUCCAGAAGUUCCUUUAAAAAUUCUUCCAGAAGGAUUCAGUGAUGCUUCCAGGAGAUCCACCUGGGAUUCCUCCUGAAAAUUCUUGCUCUGGGAUGUCUCCAGGAGUUUCAUCAUUGAUUUUUUUUUUUUCAGAAGAUCUCUUAGGAAGAUCUCGACAGGAGUACCUUCAGGGAAAACUCAAAGAAUUCUUUCAGGAGAGUUCAGGGAUGCCUCUUAGAGAUUCAUCAGAGAUUCAUCGAGAAGAUCCUUCAGGGAUUCUCAUAUGAGGUCCUCCAGAGAUUAGUUUGCGAGUUCUUUUGUGGAUUCCUUCAGAAGUUCCUUCAGGAAUUCCUACAGGAGUUUCUUUAGCAACUAGUCUAGGAGAUCCUUCAGAAAUUUUUCUAGAAUUCCAACAAGGGACUUUUUCUGACGUUCAGUAGGGAUUGUUCAAGAGGAUAAUUCAGGGAUCACUCCGGGAGUUUCAUCAAGGGUUCCUACAGAAAUUGCUUCUAGCAUCCCUCCUGGAAUUUGUUCAAGAAUCCUUCCUGAAAUUUUUUCGGGGAUUCCUGUUGGAAUUACUUCGGUAUGCCUCAAGUUUUUUUUUCAGAGAUUCUUUAAGGAGUUACUUCGGUAGUCUCUCCAGGAGUUCGCUCAGAGAUCUCCCUAAUAGCUCCAGGAGGAUUCAGGGAUGCCUCCAGGUGUUCAUUAGGAAUUCCUUCAGAAGUUCCCUUAGCUAUUUCAACGGGAGUUCUGAUAUCCUUCCAGAAGUCCAUUUAAAGAUACUUUCAGGAGGAUUCAUAAAUGCCACCUGAAGAUCCAUCAAUAAUCCAGUGAGAAGGCUUGCAGGACUGUGCAGGAGGUCUUUAAAAAUAAGUUCCUACAGGGAUUUCUUUUGAAGUUCCUUUAGAAAUUCCAACAGGAGUUCUUGCAGAAAUUAAUCCAGGAGUUCCAUCAGAGAUUCCACCAGGAUUUUCAGGAACUCUUGCAGAUGUUUCUUCAGAGAUUCCUCUUGCAAUUCUUCAGGGAUUCGUACAGAAAUUCCUUCGAAAAUCUCUAUAAAAAUUCCUUCAAAGAAUCAUAUAGGAAGAUCCAAGGAUACGUCCAGGAGAAUUUAGGGAUUACUCCAGAAGGUUAUUUAGGGAUUCCAAUAUAAGAGUUUCUUCCAAGAUUGCUUCACGAUAUCCUUAGGGAAUUCCUCGAGAAGUUCCUUUAGGAAUUCAUCCGGAAGUUCUUCUGGGGAUCCCUUCUGUGGUUCUUUCAGAUUGUAGAAUGGGAUUGUGAUUUUUCAAGGGAGACUCACGGAUGCCUCCAGGAGUUACAUCAGAGAUUUCUCCAGAAGCUCUUCCAGGAAUUCCUACAAGAGUUUUUUCAGGGAAUCUUGUUGGAGUUAUUUCAAUCAUUUCCUUUGAAUUAUAAUUAUCCAUAUCUCUAGGAUAUUUUUGAGGGAUUUUUUAUGGAAUUCCUCAAUUUCUUUCUGGAAUUCUUCCAGGAAUUCUUUAGAGAAUACUUCCUGCAAAUCCUUCCACCUACCCGGUAAGAUCCGGGGGAUUCCUGUUAAAAUCCUUUCGUCCAUUUUUUCGGGAUUUCCUACUAGACUUCCUUCGAGGAUUUCUCCUUAAAUUUUUUCGGGGAUUCCUCCUAAUUUUCUGUCAUUGGUUCCUCCUGGAAUUCCUUCGCGGUUCCUCUUGGAACUCUUUGUUGAUUCCACUUAGAAUUCCCUCGGAGAUUCCUCCAGGAAUUACUUCGGGGAUUCCUCAUAAAAUUCGUCCAGAAAUUUCUCCUGGGCUUCAUUUAGAGAAUCUUUUUAGACUUCCUUCGGGGAUUUCUCCUGAUUUUUUUCAGGGAUUCCUUCUGGAAUUCCUUCGGAAAUUCCUCAAAAUUGCUUCGGAGAUGCCUCCUGGAAUCCUCCGGGAAUUCUUCAUGAAAAUCCUCUGGGGAUGCCUCCUAAAAUUCCUUCUGGAAUUUCGUCUGGAACUCUUUCGGGUAUUCCUCUUGAAUUAAAAAAGACACGGACACGUUCAAUGCUUCCAGUGAGCUAUUCGCUCUUUGAAGGAAGCACGACACUAGACAACGGACUAGCAUGCAACGCCCAGUGGCACAGCCGAAAACUUUUCCUGACAGCUGCGGCGGGAAUCGAACCCGCGCUCCUCAGAACGAUGCGACUAAAUGCUUGGUGACACUAGCCGCACGACCACGAAGCCACAUUCAGGAGUCCUCCUGGAAUUCCUUCGGGGUUUCCUUCUGAAAUUGCUUCAGUGAUUUCUCCUAUAAAUCGGUCGGGGAUUCCUCCUGGAAUUCGGUCGGGGAUUUCUCUUUGAAUUCCUUCGAAGAUUUCUCCUGGACUUCCUUUGGGCUCUCUCUCUCUUCUUGGCGUAACGUCCUCACUGGGACAAAGCCUGCUUCUCAGAUUAGUGUUCUAUGAGCACUUCCACAGUUAUUAACUGAGAGCUUCCUCUGCCAAUGACCAUUUUGCAUGUGUAUAUCGUGUGGCAGGCACGAAGAUACUCUAUGCCCAAGGAAGUCAAGGAAAUUUCCUUUACGAAAGGAUCCUGGACCGACCGGGAAUCGAACCCGUCACCCUCAGCAUGGUCAUGCUGAAUACCCGCGCGUUUACCGCCUCGGCUAUAUGGGCCCUUUACUUCCUUUGGGCAUUCCCCCUGAAAAUCCUUCGAGUCUUCCGCUUUGAAAUCCUUCGGAGAUUCCUCCCAGAAUUCCUUAAGGAGUUCCCCCUGGGACUCCUGCAGGGUUUUCUCCUGGAUUUUUUUCGGGGAUAUCUACUGGAAUUCCUUCAGGAAUUCUUCCAGGAGUUCCGUCGGAUAUUCAGAGAUUCCUCCUGGACUUCCUUCGGGGAUUUCUCUUGGAAUUUCUUCGGGAAUCCCAAAUGGAAUUCCGCUGGAAAUUCCACCUAAAAUUCCUUCGGGAAUUUAUUCUGAAAUUCUUUCGGGGAUUCCUCUUGAAAUUUCUUUGAUACUUUCUCCUAGAAUUCCCUCAGGAAUUUUUCCUAGAACUCCUUCAGAGAUUUCUUCUGGAUAUUUUUCGUUGAUUCCUCCUAGAAAUCCUUUAGGGAUUCUUUCUUUAAUUGGCUUGGAAAUUCCCCCUGGAAUUUUUUCGGGGUUUCGUCUUGGAAUUCCUGCGAGAACCCCUCCUAGAAUUAUUUCUGGGGUUUCUUAUGGAUCUCCUACAAGGAUUCCUUCUGCAUAUUUUAUAUGGUUCCUCUUAGAAACACUUCUUCUCGAAUUCCCUUAAUUUUUUUUCUGGAAUUCCUUUGGGGAUUCCUCCUGGACUUCCUUCAAAAAAUCCUCCUAGGAUUAUUUGGGGACUUCUCUUGAUAUUCCGUCGUGGAUUCAUUCUGAAAUUCCUUCGGGGUUUCCUCCUAGAAUUUCUUUGGUGAUUCCUCUUAGAAUUCUUUCGGAGGUUCUUCCUGAAAUUGCUUCAGAAAUUCCUCAUAUAAUUUCAAAAGGAAUCCUCCUGGAUUUUGUUCUUCAAUUUCUUCGGUGAUUUCUCCUACAAUUCCUUCGGAAAUUCCUACUGAUAUUCAAUGAUUCUUGCUAGAGCUCCUUCGAGGAUUGCUUCUUGAAUUUCUUUGGAUAUUUCUCCUGGACUUCCUAUGGAGAUUCCUUCUAGAAUUCCUUCGGGAUUUCCUCUUGAAACACCUUUGAGUAUUCCGCUUGUAAUUUCUUCGGAGAUUUAUCCCGGAAUUCCUUCGGGGGCACCCUCUGGGAUUCCUGCAUGGAUUUCUCCUGUAAUUUCUUCGGGGAUUCUUUCUAGACUUCCUCCGAGGAUUCCUCCUAAAAUUCAUUCGGGGAUUCCUCCUGAUGUUGCUUCGGGGAUUAUUCCCGGAAUUCCUUCGGGAUUUCCUAAUAGUUUCUCUUCAAAUUACUUCGGAGAUUCCUCCUAGAAUUCCUGCGGGGUUUCCUACUGGAGUUCUUUCGAUGAUUCAUCCUGAAAUUCCUUAAAGAAUCACUGGUGUCAGUCACGGACCCAAACAGAAAUAAAAAAGGUAUUCAUUCUAACAUCAAGAAUAUCAAGAUACAAUGUUGCCGUCUUCAGAAGAAACACGUAUUUUGUCAUACUAAAUAACUUUGUAGAACAUUUGAAAAUUCCCAAAAAUGUCUGGAAAAAGUUACAACAAAAACCUGAUUUUAAGGGGUCAUUCACAAAUAAUGGCCCAUAUCUCUAGAAAUUGAACAGAUAGAGCAAAAGUUUGUUCGGCAAAUUUUCUCAUAAUGACAUUUUCUACAACUUUGCUGAAGACAUAAACACGCUAUCUUCACUUAUGAAAAAAAAAUUGAAUUUCUAUCUUACUUUUAGGUGGAUUAAUCACAUUAGUGAUACUUCCAAAAGAAGGGCUCUAAUAUACCAAACAACUUCUUCGAAGACACCAAAUCUCUAAAAUUAAUUUUUCAUGCCCAAAACAAUAUCAAUCACGAAUUUGGGCCUUUGGAAACAGUGUGCGCCGAGCAAAAUAUAGUCGGCGCACAGUGCAAAGCUAGUGUUCGCGAGGGACCAUUUAUAAACCACGUAGCCAUUUGGGGGGAAGGGGGCCUGGCCAAAGUCUACGCUCCAUACAAAUUUCAAAACUUUUGUAUGGACGAAGGAGGGAUCUGAGAUACACUACAAUUGCAUGAAGUGUCCAACUUUGGGCGUCAAUGUAACAACAUAUACAUUGGAACCCUAUAAAUGCACAAAAGUAUAACACAAAACACAUCAGCAUACUAACAACAUGCAACACAAAACAUGAAUUAUGCCCUGUUAUCUAAAUGGAUAUCCCAGGAUGACGAGGUUUCACUAUUGUUUUUGAUCCAAUCCUGUGAUCGAUUUUUUUCUAGCUGGUUGCCUUUUUAUUCGCAGCAAAAGAUCUUUCAUAGCUUAUGUUUGGUCUAGGAGUUUCUAAUCCUAAGAGAGCAUUAUGAUUCGGGCCGAAGAGCAAGACUACAGCAAGUCUACCUUUUGAUGUCCGUGCUAGAGGACUGUUUGCUUGUCGUGUACCACGGUACACAAUAUUCACAAUGCCAGAAACGCGUGUAAACAAGCAGUUUCAAUGUAAACAUGAGUCAUCACAUACAUUUCUGAAGGCAUCCCAUUGACAAAAAUAAGGUGUAGGGCAUUGCCUGUCGUUAUAUGCGAUCAUUACAAAUGGUAAUAUGGUAUGUCAGAUAAAUCUAAAAAUGUAAAACCAGAUUUCAGGCAAGGUAAUUAUGCCCGACGAAAAGCAGAUGCUGACGCUUUUGUUAGUGUUUGGUAAAAUAACGAUGAUUUGGUAACUCCUACUAAGGUUCAUUUCUAACUCAGAGUGCAAAUCGUCAAACAGCGAAGCAGCGAGAUCUCAUCGUAAAACUAACUUUGUAACGUGUAAGUACGUUAUCGACCAACUUUGUAUAAACUCAUAAUGAAUAAACUUUAAAUAUCAAAGCACCCCUCCCAUUUAGCCCCCUUCUACAUAUGUCAUACUUUUAGCUAACUUAAAAUCUACGCCUAGAUUGUAAUUUUUUAAACCGUGUUGAUAAAUCGAGCAAGAAAAUGAAGAAUAAACUUACUCACCCUUGGCUUGAACGAAGAAACCAGCACAACCUUUCGGUUCAUGUUUUGAAUGAACGAUAAAACAUCCUUUAGAUAGAAUUUCACAUGAAUGAACUCAACUUGUGCCACCUGGAGAAUAAUCAACAACCUUAGCGAGAGAAUUUAAUGCAUCUUACGGAAUUAAAGUUGAAUACUGCAAGAAAUGGAAUAGAUAACUCGUUGAUAUUAUGUUUUUUUUACUUAUAGAAGUCAUUAUUCAAGUUCAGUUAGAGUUAAUAUAAAGAUCUGCAAACAUACGCAUACAAACAAAAAACAACAUUUAUCAUUAAAUAUAAGGAAACUUUACGUUACCAAACAGAGAAACAAUGUGAUUGCUAAGUGGAUCUCAAAAAACCCAAAGAAUAGUUAUUACGCUUUUUUUUAUCCCCAAAAACAACGCAGCACUGAAUCAAAACUGUAACAAAGCUAUGCAAAACUUGUGUUGAAAAAAAGUUCCCGUUAAAUGUGCAAAGGUACUAUUAGUAGUGGUACCUAAGAUACAAAAAAAAAUUGUCUAGCAAGAGCUUGAAAUUGAAAUCUCUAGUCACGAUAGAACACGAAACUGUGGGAGAUGUGCAAUCCGUGCGGAACAAAACAGCAGAGAAUUGGAUCCUCUCUAGUCGGAAUAUGAUGUAAUAAGUUAUCAUAAAUCUAAGUAUCUAUGAAUGCUAAAGAAAUAUCUAUACUGAAUACUACUA